CAGGCGCAGGGCGGGGCUUCGCGGCCGACGCGUCUAGAACCGUCGUUCGUUCGGGUUCGCUCUGUGCGUCAGAGGCUUGUUUCGGGGAUUGCUGUUGUGGUGCCUGGUGUCAGCUAUGGCGGAGGCGAUGGAUUUGGGCAAAGACCCCAACGGGCCCACCCAUUCCUCGACUCUGUUCGUGAGGGAAGAUGGCAGUUCCAUGUCCUUCUACGUGCGUCCUAGCCCGGCGAAGCGUCGGCUGUCGACGCUCAUCCUGCACGGCGGCGGCACCCUAUGCCGGGUGCAGGAGUCUGGGGCCGUCCUGCUGGCCCAGCCCGGGGAGGCGGCGGCCGAGGCCUCGGGCGACUUCAUUUCCACGCAGUACAUCCUGGACUGCGUGGAGCGCAACGAGAGGCUCGACCUGGAGGCCUACCGGUUGGGCUCGACGGCCGGCCAGGCCCCCGAGACGAAGCCCGCGGCCCCGGCCAAGGGGGGCGCCGCCGCCGCCGCCGCCGCCGCCGCGGCCACCGCGCAGCCCGAGCCGCAGCCGCCCACGGGGCGCAUCGUCUUCACGGACGCGGACGACGUGGCCAUCUUGACGUACGUGAAGGAAAAUGCCCGCUCGCCCAGCUCCGUCACCGGCACCGCCUUGUGGAAGGCGAUGGAGAAAAGCUCGCUCACCCAGCACUCGUGGCAGUCCAUGAAGGACCGCUACCUCAAGCACCUGCGGGGCCAGGAGCAUAAGUACCUGCUGGGGGACGCCCCAGUGAGCCCCUCCUCCCAGAAACUCAAGCGGAAAGCUGAGCAGGACCCCGAGGCCGCCGAUAGUGGGGAACCACAGAAUAAGAGAACUCCAGACUUACCUGAAGAAGAAUAUGUAAAGGAAGAGAUCAAGGAAAAUGAAGAAGCAGUCAAAAAGAUGCUUGUAGAAGCCACCCGGGAGUUUGAGGAGAUUGUGGUUGACGAGAGCCCCGAUUUUGAAAUACACAUAACAAUGUGUGAUGAUGAUCCACCUACACCCGAGGAAGACUCUGAGACACAGCCUGAUGAGGAUGAGGAAGAAGAAGAAGAAGAAAAAGUUUCUCCACCAGAGGUGGGAGCUGCCAUUAAGAUCAUCAGGCAGUUAAUGGAAAAGUUUAACUUGGAUCUGUCAACAGUUACACAGGCAUUCCUAAAAAAUAGUGGUGAGUUGGAGGCUACUUCCUCCUUUUUAGAGUCCGGUCAGAGGGCUGAUGGGUAUCCCAUUUGGUCCCGACAGGAUGACUUAGAUUUGCAAAAAGAUGACGAGGAUGCCAGAGAUGCAUUGGUCAAAAAAUUUGGUGCUCAGAAUGUAGCUCGGCGGAUUGAAUUCCGAAAGAAGUAAUUGGCAAGACAAUGAGGAAAGAAAAAAGAUGUGGCAAGAGAGGUUAAAAAAAAUUUUUUGUCAACGUUGUCGUUGGAACUGACACUUGUCUUCUGACCAAUGCUGCCAUUGCUCUAUGAGUCUUAGAUGUUGUAGCCAAGCAGAGUUGUGUAGGAGGAUAAAAGUAAAAGACAUUUGACAUAUUUAGAGUUGUCCCUGGCAGUAUCAGUAUGUUCAUAAAGGGAAAUCCACACCAGACAGAGGUUGGUCUUUGUAGUAGUAAUCCUUUUCUGAACGGAACCCUUGCUAUAUAUUGGUUUCAGGAGCUAGUGACAAAGUCAAAGGAGGAAAAUACAGAGCCUCUAUCCUUUGGCAGAAACUCUUCUAGAUUAUGAUAGAUUCCAAAUCAAGGAUCUAGAUAUGUGGAAAGAUUUAAUUACAAGGUCUUGAGCUUGGACGAUCCUAAACCCUUGCAUCACCUAGUGAGCUCUGAUUUCUAGACUGCUUUGAAAAUCCCAUAUUCCCUUUGCUAACUUAAUACUUGGGGACCCUGCUCCUUUGGCUGUUCUUUUCUUUCAGUCUUUGUCAGUCAUACUUGUAGCACGUGUUUCUUUAUCUACCACCCAGUUUUGUUUAAAACGCACACAAAACCCUAGAGAGUCUUAAGAACAGUCUUACUCAGUUAUCAGUAAUGUGUUUUUAUUUAUUAAAGACAAUUUUGUGCUAAGGACUGUGUUAGAUUUAUAUAUUAGUGAAUUGAUUCCUCUUUGUUGUGUUACUUUUGUUGUUGAAAAUAAAAAGAACUUUGAAUCUCCAA